AUGACUCUGAAACCUGGACAAGAAAGAGACCGCUUCAAGGUCGUGUCGCCCGGUUCGCCAAAGCUAUACCAAGGCCAGCUCCUUGACAAGGAAAUCAAGCCCAAGCCGGUGGGCGUGACAUGGACGCCAGCAGAGCCCGCGUCUCGCGAGGGCAUCAUGGUGGCCUUGCACUUCCACGGAGGGGGCUAUGUGAUCGGUAGUGGACGAGAUAACGACACUGGCUUCGUUGCCAAGACUUUCAUCGAGAAUAUGGGAUGUACGCAUGUCUGCACGCCCCAGUAUCGACUAUCCAGCCACCCGCACUCUUGGUUCCCAGCGCAACUCCAGGACGCGGCGACGUCCUUCAUCCACCUAUUGCGCGAUUGCAGCAUCCCACCAGAGCAAAUAAUCAUCUCGGGCGACUCUGCGGGCGCCAACCUUGCGCUCGGGCUGAUGCGUUACAUUCACGAAUCCGGCGGCGAACUGAACAUUCCCACCCCAGCUGGUGUCGCCCUGUGGUCGCCAUGGGUCGAUAUUGAAGCUGCUCUCCACCAGGACAUGGUGCUGUCACCCAACUAUGGCACCGACUACCUCAACCGCAACUUUGGCAUCUGGGGUGCGUCCACCGUGACGAAUCACGGCAAGAUUGAUCCCGCAGGACCGUACCUCUCGCCGCUUCACCACCCGUUCAAGAUAGACGUCCCAAUGUACGUCAAUGCUGGAAGCCGUGAGGUGCUAUACGAAGACAUUUGCGAGCUGGCCCUGCGGUACCGCGACGCAGGCUGCAAGGUCAGUCUCGACGUCAGUGAAGGUUGUCCGCAUGACUUCCUCCUGCUGGGCCCUCGCAUGGGCUUUACACAGGCGGGUCACAUGGCAGCACGCAAGGCAAACCGCUUCUUCCACCAGGAGGGGCUGGCGAUGCGGUUGACCAAGUGA